AUGGUCAUUAUCUGCAGUUUGCCUACCACCACGUUGCAAGUUCUUAAAUCUGUUCCUAAUACGCGAAAGCUGCUGCUCUCUCCCUUCACCUUCUGCUUCAGGUGCUCCCUCAUCGAGGAGCACACCAGUCACUCCUCGCCUACCAUCCAUACCGCUUACCUGCACUUUGGUACGCCUUGGUUCAACUUCCCUAGUGGACUAAGUGGCCACCUGCUGGUGCUGCAUCGAUUAGUUAAGGUCUCUUUCUUUCCAAGUUCAAAGAAAGCUGUUUCUGAUAUUACCACUUCAGACACUUCUAGCGAACUACUACUGCCAUAUAAUAUAAUAGAAAUGGACCAUAUGGAAGUCAGUGUGCUACCUGAUGACCUGAUUGUGGAAAUCCUCUCCCGGCUGCCGCUGAAGUCUUUUUGCCGCUUCAAAUGUGUUUGCAAACCCUGGCUUGCCUUCUCCUCUGAUCCAAACUACCGCAAGAAGCUGCCGAAAAUCCCCACUGGUCUUUUCUGCCAGUACCAAGACUUCGAUAAGAAGGCUACCAAGCUUCUUAGCCAGCCCCGAAACGUUGAGAAAAUUGAUGGAGCACUUAGUUUCUUGCCAGACCAUCCGCAACUCGAGCUUAUGGAUUGCUGCAAUGGCCUAGUGCUCUGCAUGCGUAGGAGCAUGGAUUGGAGCAGACGUACAAUUACUUGCCACUUCAUUGUGUGCAACCCGGCAACACGAGAGUGGACGAGGCUUCCUGAUACUCGUCCUUACCAAGAACAUGCUGUUUUUGAAGCUAUGUUGGCUUUCAACCCAUCAUGUUCACCACAGUUCUACGUCUUCAACUUUAAACGUAAUCCCUUAUCUUCAUUCUUGAGUGGACCCGAGGUGUUUUCAUCUGACCUUUCCACAUGGCUCGUAUAUGAUGCAUGGUGGAAUUCCGGGAUUCGCACUGUUAUUGGCUACCCACACUUGUUCAUAGAUGGUUCACUAUAUCUGUUUAGUGUGCCGCAGAACUCAGUGAAGAGGAUCUUGGUAUUGAACGGCUUUGAGGCAAUGUGUUCUCGCAUACCCCCUAAUCGUCAAACUAUUAAGUUGCCUCAUGAUCCUUCUUGUUAG